AUGAAGGUCACUUCCGCCAUUGCUCUCGCGUCGAUCCUGACUGCUUCUCAGGCAUGGCACGUCAAGGCUCCCGCUGGUGUCCAGGCGCGCCACUUUGGGUCUUCGUCUCGCAUUCCUCCCCCGGGAGCUAUCACUUCUAGCACUCCCCUGGUUGCCCCGACUCGGUCGCCUGUGUCGUCGUCUACUCCCUGUGAUGAGACUACUUCUACUACCGAGUCGUCCACUUCGGACUGCUCCAGCGACCUGAUGACCCCGACCUCGUCGCCUGCUCAUCAGACGGCUACUUCCAGCUCGAUCUCGGUCUCCGUCCCGACUUCCAGCUCGACUGCUCCUGGUUCUUCGGUGCCUGUCUCUUCCCCGGCCACUUCGCCCGCCGGCAGCUCUACCGUCCCUGCUUCGUCUCAAAUUACUAGCAUGGUCUCGUCGAGCGCUACCACCCCCAAAAUGACCACCUCCACUAUCUACACCACUAGUGAGAUCACCGUCACCAAAUGUGCUCCUACUGUCACCAACUGCCCGGCGCACUCUACUUCCGUGAUCACUUCGACUAUCCCAGUUACCACCACCGUCUGUCCGGUGACCGAGACCUCGUCCACCACUCCUGCCCGGGAGUCGACCGUUACUGACACGACUUACGAGACCACCACUAUCUGCCCCGUCACUGAGACCAUGACCUCUGGUACCAACACCAUGACCUCCACCUGGAGCUCCGUGUCCACCAUGACUGUUACUGGCCCUGCUUCCUCUAGCCCUGCUGCUACUGGUGUUACCUCUGCUCCCUCGUCGCCUGCUGCCUCUUCUGCUCCUAGCAAAUCGACCGUGACCGACACCACCUACGAGACCACCACUAUUUGCCCCGUCACUGAAACCAUGACUUCUGGCACCAACACUAUGACCUCCACCUGGAGCUCCGUGUCCACCAUGACGGUUACUGGCCCUGCUCCCUCGUCUCCCGCUGCCUCUUCUACUCCUUCCAAGGAGUCGACCGUGACCGACACCACCUACGAGACCACCACUAUCUGCCCCGUCACUGAGACCAUGACCUCCGGUACCCACACCAUGACCUCCACUUGGAACUCUGUGUCUACCAUGACCGUGACUGGCCCUGCCCCCAGCGCCACCGAGACUGAGAGCAGCUCUGUCGUUGUCCCUUCUAUGGCGAGCACUGCUACUGUGUCCACUCCUGCCGCCACCAUGCCCUCGGGCAGCAUGAGCACCACCGUUGGCCCCGCUGCCUCUUCCACCACGAUGAGCACCAGCCAGUCCGAGCCCACUACCGCCCCGGCGGCCAGCUCUACUCCCGCUUUCAACGCGGCCUCGCCUAUGACUGUCUCUUCCGGCCUCGGCAUGGCCUCGCUUGCGGCCCUCUUCGCCCUAGUCCUGUAA